AUAUCUUGGUCGGACAUUUACUAUUCAACGAUGAAUGGGUUGUUUUCCCACGCCAUAUCUUCCACUGACUUUUAAUAUUGCAUAUGAGAAAAAUAACGUGAAUGAUUGUCAGAAGCCGUUAAUUUUCAGAGUGGGUCUGUCCGAGGACUGGCUCUUCUGGAAAGUGCUGUGUCGAUCGAAUUGUGCAGGCUGCAAUUGGUAAUUUCAGGUAGGAUAUUUUUUAACGAAAAUUGUAUUGUUUGUUGAAAUCUCUGGGCAAUACCUAUAUUUAUUUUUAUAGCAUUUUCCAUUAUUAUCAUAUCGUGUUCAAACUUUAAUUCGAGAGAAUGGCGAUCUUGAUUUUUACAGUAUUUCUUAGGCCAUAUUUUAGUUUUAUUCACGAAUCCGGCUUUCUUUCUAAAUCCUUUCAAAAAUAAUGGAAAGGGGGAAACUAAGACUGCGUGCAAACGGGCGCGACAGCUCCCAACAUUGUUGUGCCAACAAUGUUGGGAGUUAUUGCGCCCUGUUGGCAGUGGUGUGCAAACGGAUACAACAACUCCCAACAAGUUUAGGACCUGCAGUGCAUCGUGGGAAAAAUACAACCCAUAAGUCUUUGUAAUCCAUGCGUAAUAAGCGUGCGUGGCCCCAACAAUGUUGGAAGAGCUGUGCAAACAGAUCCCACAUUGUUGCGUGACGCUUCGGCGAUCACGGAACAAAAGAAAUGUUGAGAGUUGUUGGCUGAAAAGUUUGACCAGUUUCAAACUUUGCGCAACACGCAACAACAUCUAACAACAUGCUACAGGGUGUAGAAACGGACGCAACAUGUAACAUCCAACAAUGUUGGGAGUUGUUGGCCAACAACGUUGCGUCCGUUUGCACGGUGCUUAAUCGUAAGAAAUUAAUUAUCACUGCACAAAUAUCUCAUGCCCCCAUACUACUCUCCUGGUCACCAAAUAUACCCUGGAAAAAUGUGUUUUUUGAGCUAUUGUAUAAAGCAGUUAACUUUUAGAAAAUAGUUAUAUAUAUAAUGUGUGUGUAAUUGAUGUUUAAAUGAAAAUUGUAUUUUAAUUGCACUAUUUCUAUCUUUAUUUCAUUUUACUUAUUAUUUCUCUUUUGGAGACACUAGCAGAAAUGCUGCUCUAAAAUCCGAAAUAUUGAAAUAAAGAUAUGAUUGAUUGAUCGAUUGAUGGGACUGACGUUCCAGUUUUUCUGAACCCCCUUCCCCUGUGGAUGAGCAUCCCUACUGAUCACCGUCCAGUUGGUUGGGGGAUUGGGGGAGGGGAUCGGAAUAAAAUUUUCAUCAUCACAAUCUUCAAAGCUCUUUAGAGAAAGUUGAAAAAGUUGUAGAAUUUUUACUUGAGGAGAGGCAAAAGUACUGGAGUUCUUAAAAACGUUGUUGAUAAACUAUAUUUUUUUUAGUAACUUCUUCAUGGAUAAACUUCCAUAUCCUUUCACAGACAAAUUUCUUCAGGGGUAGGCCCAUUUCAUAUAGAACCUGUCAUUUUCAGGAGCAAGAAGAGAUACAUUAUUGGGAAGGGGGAGGGGAGGUUGGAUUAACUUUGUUCCAUUAUAUAGUUAUAUUUAAUUCUGAUAGGUGUAUAUUCAAUGCAAACUAAAGUAGUGCCCACAUAUAAUAAUAAUGUAGUCUGUGUAGAAGGCAACCCGGCUUUAACUAGACCAAUUAUCUAUCUGACUUCAAAUAAAAUUUUACUCCGUUCAAUAUGUCUCUCUAAUUUAAAACAUUUUCCUCUCAACUUUCUUGUUUGAUUCAGGCUUGGUAUAAAGACCUUUUGAGCAGACAUGUAAGUUAAUGUCAAAGUACAAAGACAUUAAAUGUCUUUUAAUUUUGCUUUAAUGUCACAAUGCAAUAUUCCUUCCUUUUUAAAUUAUCAAAAAUUAAUGUCCUUUUUUCUUUAUAUUCAUGUGUAGAGUGAAACAUUGUAAGGGUUGCAGAAAAUUACAAAAUGGCCUCUUCACUUGUUGAUGUAGCUUCGGUUCCUCCAGAAAUUAUCGGCAAAAUUGCGACAUUUUUGCCAGUGCAGGAUGUGUUGAACUGCACCCUGGUGUGCAAAACUUGGAAGGUGAGCUAUAUUAAAGAAUUCUGUGAAUGUAGAGCUCGAGAUGUCUACCUGCACUUACCCUAUAUUUGUAAGUUAUCAUUUUAGCCCGCAGAUAUUAAUGUGAAUUAUUAUUCCUUCAAAAUAUUUCCCGAAUUCUGAUUGGCUAAAAGCACACGCAUAAUUCACCAUAACCAGUUACUGAUGACCAAAUUUGGAAGAAUUUUGUGUUUAACGAGGAAAUGGCGUCAAAAAUGCAGCCUUCUACAGAUUAAUGCGCCGUUAAUUGAGAAGACCUGGGGACGAGGUUGAGUUGUUUUCGUUGUGAAAACCAAAAUGGCGCUCACUUCACUUGUUUCAAGAGUAAGAACUACAGCUGGAACUAGGAGAAAUAGUGGCUAAAAACACAGCAAAAACAGUAAGAAGACAACUCAGAGGGCGACAUCUGCAAUUUGGAGAAUAUUUGGGGGGCUGGACAAGCCUAAACGUACACUAUCAAAGAUAAACUUAACAUCAAUGCAGGUAAGCAUGUUUUAGCUAUGUUUUUAAACUAGGAAUUAUUGUGAAUGAGUCAUAAAACAAUUAAUGAAUUCGGCUUUCGUAGGAUAUGAAGAAUUAUGGAGAUCUCGGAGGGUGUUAUCCACCUCGGCCUUCAGCCUCUGUGGAUAACACCCUCCUCGAUCUGCUUAAUUCUUCAUGUCCUACUCAGCCUCAUUCAUUAAUUGCUAAAUAUCUUUACUGUAGGCCCACUGGCAAUGGAUGGAAGUGCAACCUAGGGGCUCAAAUUCCAGCUCCUCCCUAUAGGACUGAGAAGCAGCUCUCACUGAUUUUCCUUGCUUGGAAACAAUUCCUUGCUUGUCCUAGUUCAUGAUUUAUUCACAAGAUGACUUGCUGGGAUACAAGUUACAAUUUUUAUUGAUAGCACAAUAUUACAAUAUUCAUAAUAGGGCCAGCUAUCAGCAGUGUUCUCCUCUUUCCAGGUCUUAAUCACAAAGAAUGUAAUGAGUCUAAUGAUUUGAACCCAAAAACUUGUGAAACUACAGGUAAACGUCAUCCUCUAGACCUUGUUAUUGUUGUGCCAUUGAGUGCCUGUUACAGUAGUGUUCAUCACACUGGAGACAUAUGCACAAUUAUCUUAAAGGUGUGUGGAACUGAAUAGAAGUACCCGUUGAGUUGAACGACUAACAAACAGAGAACAACUGUGUCUUAUAAAAUUCACAGAUUAGCAGUUAACUUUGGAAAAUAAAGUUAACAAAAAUGUAUGUGUAUAAUAAAACUUUUAGUCUGAUGAUUGCUAAGUGUAUUAAACCGUAUAUAUUAUUUUUUUCAAAAUUCACUCUGACAUUAUAGGAGGUCAUUUCAUCAGAGUCAUUCUAUAAGGCAUAUACCCUCAGCCAUUAUAAUUUUGACAACGAGGAGCAACCAAGUGGCCAUUUAGCUGCUUGGCAAGAUCCUGAAGAAUGGUUCUGUUACUGGGACGAUAGUUAUGCUGAUGAUAAGACUGCAGAUGCAUAUGUGUUUUCUGACCCGCCAGAGCGCUGGAAAUGUGGUAUAGUUCAUUUAGCAAAGUACAAACUUGAGUCAGAUAAGGAUCUGAGAUAUAAAGAUUUCUUCCGGGCUGUAGCCAUAUUAAUGAGGAUUCAGAAAGCAGCUGAACAGCUAGAUCUAGACUGUGGUAAGUCCUCUCCUUUUAACCCUGUGGUUCUGAAAUUUUAUGAAUAUGAAAUGGGAUAAAUUACUCAGUUAUCAGACUGAGUGUAACUAUCAAAUGAUACAGUGAAGUGAAUACUAUGAUAAGUUGAUGCUGUUUAUAAUGAUAAAAUAAAUAUUUAAUGGCCAUUUAAUUAUUAAUAAUUGUAAUUUUAUGAAAAAUAUGCAUUCCUCUGAUCCAUGCAUAAUGAGCAGUGAAUUUUUUAUGAUUAUCAUAACCUUAAUUCAAAGAAGAUUGACCGGAUUAUUGAAGACAUGUACAUCAAAAUGAAGAAAACUGAGCAGGUAGAAAAUAUUUCAUAACUAAAACUUAGGGAGAAUUCACUGAGUUCAUAAUACACACACUGGAAUGCACUGAGUUGAAUCUGAAAUCUACAACUACUAACAAAUUCAACUCUUGAAAAUUACUGUAAAAUUAUUGAAUAGAAUUCAAUGCAGGUGGGUGGGUGCUUGGGUACAUAUAAAUUACAGUAGGUAGGGAACUUUGCUUUCUCUGCUCUCUCUAAACAAGAGUGGCAGAGUUAGCAAUAGGUACUAGUUAUUAAUUUAUUAACCCAGAUAAACCUGCAUGUCAUCUAGAGUACAGCUGCACAGUCCAUUCUCAGACUGCACAUGUUUUGUUGGUCCUUUUUGCUCCACAAGCCGCCUGAAUCUUGUCUGUGAAAUUCACCGCAGGAUUACACUGUUUUAAGCCUCCUUAUAGACUACAGACUGUCAGUGCACCAUAUUUACUUCAUAUGACAGUGUAAUAAAAAAUAUUUUCUGAAGUAAUGUCAGGGCCCAGUUGUUCAGAGGAUGCAUAGUGCUGGAUAAAUCUCUAUCCAGCGGAUAGUGCAAUUGGUUUCCCGUCUCAUACCUAUCCACUCACUGGAUAGUGAUAUAUAUGGUGGAUAUCGCUAUCCAGGUUUUGAGCGACUGGGACCAGGUGACUGUACAGUACACCUCAGUUAUUUAGAAGAGUUGUACCUGACUGUCAGUAAGUACCUUCACUGUUUUUCUUCUAGGAAUGUGGGGAAAUGAAGGUAGUGGAGUGGUAGAAGUCUGUUUGUUUCCUUGGAGCAAAGAUACCCUUCCCACUGCUAAAGAUAUUGUUGCAUUGUUUCAUUUUCACCCUGAGUUGAGAAAAAAAACCUUGGAAAAUACAAGUCUUUCAGAUGAAGAGGACGAUGGUGACGAGGAUGAAGACAUGAGCUGGAAUGGCUUGCGAUCGUUUACUGAAGAUGACAAACAGAAAGCAGUGAAUUUCUUUAAAUGGCUUAAAAAAAUAUUUACGCCUUUCAUUUACAUCGGUAUUGGCUGUAAUUUGAUGAAUCCAGUUGUUUGUUUCUUGUUGGGACAUAUUGCCCCAGGGUGGGUGGGAGGGGUGUUGACAUCUUUGGUUUGCACCUGA